GUGACCAGUAAAAGGAAAAGAAAAACCAGCCGCACACUCUGUUGAUUAAUUUUUAACUCAGGAGGGAGCAGCCGUGGACAGGGUAUAAAAAGAGUUUCCUUCCUCGUGGCCUGGCAACGGAGCGCUGGCCCGCUCACCCUUUCCUGCCGGAGAAGCGGAUCUUCUUUGGUGUGUCAUGGGUGCCUGCCUCACCCCUCCAGAUGGUUGUUUCCAACACCUGGUGACCCUUGUGGACGGCUGACCACCAAGAAGUCCUGUCAUUGACCGCCCAGCUCACCUGAACCUCAGGCUCACGUUCUGCAAACUCAAGACGGUGGCUUCCUUAAUCAAGUCAAUCCACUUCUCCGUCGAUUCGAUGGGCCUACUUUAGUUCCGACGUACUGGAUUUCAGACAUUGUAUAUCCUACAUCAUUUCUCAUCAUGUCACAUUAUAAGUCUUUCCCCUUUCCAACAGGUCCAGAUGCCUCUAGCCAGUCAUCCUCCCUUCCCCUCUUCUUCCACCCUUACACCAAAGGAUCCCAGAUCGUUAUGGACGAAUCUCACUGCAUCGCCCACCGAGCCGCCACCUUCCAUGAUGGCAUCGUCUUCUCCAGCCGGCCCAUUGGACUUUACGAGAAGGUGACGCUCAAGAUCUUGAAAGAGGAGACCAAGUGGCAUGGGGGCUUAAGGGUGGGCUUCACCUGGCAAGACCCCUCCCUCUUGGAGCCCAGCGAGUUGCCUCCGUUUGCCUGCCCAAACCUGGUACAGCAAGGAAAGACGCGAGCCUGUGUCUUACCGGAGGAAUACGGCGCAGAAGGCACAGUGGUCAGCUUCUGGGUGGACAGCCAAGGGUGCGUCUUCUGUAGCGUCGACGAAGAGGCCGGGCCAUCCGUGCUCUUAGCUGGGGUCUCCGUCAGCUCUCCUCUCUGGGCCCUGGUAGAUGUUUACGGCAGGGCCAAAGCGGUUCAGCUUUUGGAUCCCUCAAGCCUCUCCACUAACGCUGAUGUCUGCAGCCUGCUGCUUCCGAUUCCAGACGAACAGACCGAGUCCACCUGCCAGAGCUUCCAUCGCCUUCCCGACAGGCAUCCAGGGGACGAAUGCGCUGUCUGUUUUGGGUACAAGGCCAACACGAUGAUGCUCCCGUGCUCUCAUGCCAACUUCUGCUCCUGCUGCUCCUUGAAGAUCCUCAAAACCAGUGGCCGGUGCCCGUUGUGUCGGCAGAAGGUGAAAAAAAUCCUCCCCGUCUCUGUUUCGGCCAAAGGAGAGAGCCCAGAAGGCUGAACAGAAAGUGCGAGGAAUAUGCAGCCCCCUGCGCGAGAAAGCAAGGUCGCCCCAUAAUCUGGAAGUAUUUCACCUUCCAGGAGAACAGAGACGACCAAAAAGAAAAGAGGAAGAGGGUGAAGUUGGUUUUAGGGAAACGUGAGCAUUAAAGGGGUCUCCCUGUGGUGAGAUGAAGCGAGGCGGUUCGGAGGCAUCUUUUAAGUGUACAUCAUAGAAAAUCAGCACUCAAGGUGAGAGACGGGGAGCAUCUACAUUGACUCUCUCCUCCAUAAAAAAGACACUUUUUUUCAAAACAAAGCAUCAUGGAGCUGGAAGAAGCCAAAGCAGAACAUAAAUCAGCAGUCCAACUUCGGAUAACGCUGGGCAGUACUCAUCUGUCGUAAGGAGGAACUCUUUUAAGAAAAAAGAGGAAGACAGUAAAGGCUAACCUUCUUUUUUAAAACAAACAAACAAAACCCUAUUUCCUGCCUUGCUUGCUGUUGAUCUUUUCCACCAGGGCAAAUUGACAGAGUGAAGAAUAUUGUUCUGGUACUUACUGUUUUAUUGAUUUUAUACUGGAGCUGUAUUGGGUUUGCCUGCAACACUUCAUUCUUUAAAUAGUUUUAAAUUCCAUGUGUAGUCAUACAAUUUCUUACAAAGAUGUUGUUUCGAAUUUUUUAAUAAA